AUGCCCCCUAGCCCACUCUACAUGGCCACGCGCUCCAUCACAAAAACCUCAAUUCGGCGCCGCCGGACUCUCCUCCUCACAUUCGACGCCUUCGAAACCCUCUUCUACCCGCACCCACCCGUACCUGACCAGUACGCGGCGAUCGGCCACGACUUUGGACUCUCCCGAACGGCGGUGACACCAGACAAACUCAAAGCUGCCUUUAAGGAUGUAUAUCGCGUGCAAGCUAAACGGUACCCGAAUUACGGUCGCGCGGAUGUGUUGAAGGGUCAGUAUGGGGGACCGAAACAAUGGUGGGAGGAGGUUAUCCGGGGGAGCUUUGGAUCAGUGCUGGCCGCGGAGAAGAAUGGGGAUUCCUUACAGACAGGAGCAGGAGUAACAGGAGUGUGUGAUCAUGGGGAUAUUGAUCUCCCCAGUGGCUUGAUCGAGACUCUGCUUAAUCGGUUCGCGGGAGAUGGAGGGUACACGUUGUAUGACGACGUGGCACCGUUCUUCGCACGUAUGCGUGAGUUGAGAGCGUCUCCAGGCACGACACUCUUCGACCGGAUCGUGCUGGGCGUGAUAUCCAACUCGGAUGACCGUGUUCCAGAAGUGCUCAAGUCCCUUGGUCUACGCGUUGGAGAUACACGAGCAGACGAAGACCGGUCAAGCAUGGAACUGCCUGGUUUCGAGGAGCGAGACUCCAGCCAAAAGUGCCAACCACAGGACCCCAGCACCUCGUAUAAAAACAACACUCAGCCAGAUACUGACCUAGAUCUGGUAAUUACCAGCUACGAGGCCGGCGAAGAGAAACCGAACAAGUUAAUCUUCGAUAUCGCAAAGCGGCAGGCUCGAUUGCUAGCCCGGUCCGAUGCGCAUACGCGUGGCUCGACUCCAGCUGGUCGGGAUGAAGCUGAUGAUUGGACAUGUAUACAUAUUGGGGACGACUACCAGAAGGACUACGUUGGUGCUACUGGUGCGGGCUGGCAGAGCUAUUUCCUUGAGCGUAAUGGUGGGGUGGAAUGCCCUGCUGGAACUAUUCGGUCGUUGAUGGAGUUGUUCACUGAGCUUAAGAUUGGCUCUUGA